AACCCGCUUUAGAGUUCCCACCUCCAUCGAGGCUUCGUUUUCUGCUGUGCGACGUCCCAGUUAUUGGAGAAAAGGACCGUAGCGAUGGCACAAGCGGCGAGGCUGAUCCUGCGAAUGCAAAAGGAGCUGAAGCUCCUCCUCUCAGACCCACCUCACGGCGCCUCCUUUCCUUCUCUCUCCUCCUCCGCCCCUCCCUCCCUCUCCUCCAUCGACGCGGAAAUCGAAGGCCCCGACGGCACUGUUUAUGCUAACGGAUUAUUUAAGCUUAAAAUCCAAGUUCCGGAGAGGUACCCUUUUCACCCUCCUGUUGUAACUUUCGUCACUCCAAUUUAUCAUCCGAAUAUAGACAAUGGAGGUCGCAUUUGCCUGGAUAUUCUCUAUCUUCCUCCAAAGGGGGCGUGGCAGCCAUCUUUGAACAUUUCAACUGUAUUGACUAGCAUUGGGUUGUUGUUAAGUGAACCGAACCCUGAUGAUGGCUUAAUGCAUGAUGCUAGUAAGGAGUACAAAUAUAACAUGCAAGCUUUUUAUCAAAAAGCAAGAUCCAUGACAGAAAAGUUUGCUAUGCAUCAAGCAAGCCAAGUUGCUGCUUCUGUUCCUCGCCAAGAAUUUCAUACUCAAACAAAUCCUCACACAGAAAUACUGCAGGUUGACAAUAAGGGACCUGGUGCUUCAAACUCUAACUUAUUUCAGUGCUUUCCAAGCCAAAACAGAUCUAGCGGAGUUAGCAGAAUGUUAUCUCUGGAUUGUUUAGGAUCCGAGCACUAUAAAGACUCUAAUACAAAUGAAGCAACUGAAAUGCCUGCUAAUUAUCUCUUCGACCAUCAGAAUGAAGCCGGAGGGUCAAAGCCUAAGAGAAAUACUGCAGAGGGAGUGAAUGAAAUUCACUCUAACAAUCAGAUUGAAGCUGAAUUUGGUAGGGGAAGAAGCAUUUAUAGAAGCUUGAAGCGCAAGCAGUCACUAGCACAUCGUGAUUUGAAAGUAAAGAAAAGCACAAAAUUCCAUACAAUAUCUGAUCUUCCACAGCCUGGAACCACCAUUCAUCACCUUGGUUUGUCUGGUAGGAAAAUCGCUUUGGGGUCAUCCUGUUCAACUCAUCUUAGUCUGCAAAAUAACAAAGAACACUUACUUUCUUCUAACACCUUUGCUGAUCCCAAGGCUAAUUUGCAUCUCAAACCAUCAGCCUUGUGUGUAAUGUCAGAAGCUGGUGAGUCUUAUGGUUGUGCUAGAAAGUCUUGUACAGGGAAAAUUCUCAAUAUGCCUGGUGGGAAUGAGCAAAGGCGGCCUUUGAAAUCUAUGGUUCAUUUGCAAGAAAGUGUCGGUAUCCAUCAAUUGGACCAGAUGCAAUGUGAACAAGACAAAGUGGGAAAAAAUGUAUUGAAGGAAAUAGAAACAUCAACAUAUGAUCAUGCAGUGAUUGUAUUGGAUAGUGAGGAUAGUGAAGAUGACAGGGAGCUUGCCUGCUAGGUCUAAACUGUCACAGUGUCACUUGCACAUGUAUGAUGAUGGCCUUGGAAAGAUAAGGGUGUGAUUUAAUUGCUCAUAUGAGUGCUGCACCAAACAUUUGGACAGUAAGCUUUUAAAAAGAACUGCACUUGUAUGAUGAUGGCCUUGUUAAACGAAUUUUUUCAGUGUAUCUGGUUAGUUUCUCUCUUUAUGUUUUCUUGUUCCAUGCUACUCAUGAUUCUGAUCCUGCUACACAAAUAUGCAGGAGAUUUUGGCUAUUGGUACUUAUUGCUGAAAUGUAAUUGAAACUGCAUUCUCAUCAAAUGACUGUAUUCUUCAAUAAUUGCUAUCUUUAGUCUUGCCUUUCUCCAUGCAGCAAAGCUAUGUGUACACGCGUUGUAUACUCGCCCAUACAUUUAGGCCGUGUACAUAGACAGUUUGUACAAAAUUUCUAAUAUUUCUGCAGUUUUUGACAAAUUGCCUCUGUACAAAGUCAAAAUGUAGAGAGCGUGUACAAAAGAACUCGUGCAAAU